CCGGCUCCGCAGGUCUGCCCAACCCCGGCCGGCGCUCCGCAGCGGCUGGCGCGGCGGUGGGCGCCAGAACCCCGCACUGUCAUGUCCCCGCCGCGCGGCGGGCCAUUGCGUCCCCGAGUCGCUAUAUAAGCGCAGGCCAGGGGACACCCAGAGGGGCUGAAGAUGAGGGUGCCCGCGCAUGGGCCCCCGCUAACUGCCAACUCCUCCCGAGCCCGAGCGGCGCGCGGAGCCCGCGGCCGCCGAGGACCCGUCUUGGCCGCAGAAGCAGCUGGAGCUGCGACAGAGGCGGCGGCGGAGCCCGUCGCUCCAGCUCGUAGAGCCGCGGCCGCAGCCCCGGGGCCGCCGCUGCCCCGGCUGCCAUGAGUUGUGCGGAGGUGAUGUAUCACCCCCAGCCGUAUGGAGCGCCCCAGUAUCUGCCCAACCCUGUGGCAGCUGCAACCUGCCCCACAGCCUGUUACCACCCGGCGCCCCAACCUGGCCAGCAGAAGAAGUUAGCGGUAUACAGCAAGAUGCAGGACUCUCUGGAAGUCACCCUUCCCAGCAAACAAGAGGAGGAGGAGGAGGAGGAGGAUGAGGAGGAGGAGGAGAAAGACCAGCCUGCCGAGAUGGAGUACCUUAACUCUCGCUGUGUCCUUUUCACUUAUUUCCAGGGAGACAUUGGGUCAGUAGUGGAUGAACACUUCUCAAGAGCUUUGGGCCAAGCCAGCACCCUUCAUCAAGAAUCUGCCAUUUCAAAAAGCAAGAUGGGGCUAACCCCCUUAUGGCGAGACAGCUCAGCUCUCUCAAGCCAGCGGACUAGUUUCCCGACUUCCUUUUGGACCAGCUCUUACCAGCCCCCACCCGCACCCUGUCUGGGGGGCGUUCAUCCUGACUUCCAGGUCACUGCACCCCCGGGCAACUUUACGGCCGCCGACCCCAGCCCCUGGCCGGGACACGGGCUGCAUCAGACUGGCUCCGCCCCUCCACCUCCAGUGUCGGAGUCCUGGCACUACCCGAUGGCAUCUCAGGUGAGCCCGUCCUACGGGCACGUCCACGACGUGUACUUGCGGCACCACCCCCCGCACGUGCAUCACCGCCACCACCACCACCACCACCACCAUCACCACCACCCUCCUGCGGGCUCCGCCCUGGAUCCACCUUACGGGCCCCUGCUGAUGCCCUCCGUGCGUGCGGCCAGGAUUGCCGCGCCCCCGUGUGACAUCACAAAGACAGAUCCAACGACAGUCACCACCGCUACCUCAGCGUGGGCCGGAGCCUUUCACGGAACCGUGGACUUAGUGCCUAGUGUGGGCUUUGAUGCAGGUCUACAGCAUCAAGACAAGGGCAAGGAAUCACCGUGGUACUGAAACACACAGUAUUAUCAAGUUAAAUUUGAGCAUGAAUCCAUGGUCCCACUGGGAAAAGAUGCUGCCAGGGACUGUCAUUCUGCAGUGGGACAUAUAAGAUGUGGAAGGAAAAGAGGAAGUGCUAUCCAGCUGACUUUGGUUUGGAGCCUUUUCUUGAGAAAGCAGAAUGAGUCCUAGACAUUGAAGAAAAGCAUUUUUGUUUAUUUCUUUCCCUCAUCUGAGCCUUUGCCAACUGUGCAACUCUCUCUCUCUCUCUUUUUCUUUUUGUCUUGCUUUUAUCAAUAUAUGGUUUAAUUUUUGGUUUGACUUUUUCUUUUUCCUUCUUUUUGAACCAGUUACCUUGUCAGGAAAAGAUGAACCACAAAGAAAAUGUUCAUUCUUUCAGGAACACAAUUUUGUAUUUCUAUGUUCUUCUAUUUUUGUAAAAAUACAGGAAGUUUGAUUUAGCAUUGAUGGGCUAUUUUUGAGGGAUUUUUUUGUUUUAAUAUUGUAAAAAUUGUUAAGUUCUGUUUAAAGAACUUGCUCUCAGAGAAGCACUGGCUAAAGUGUUUAAAAUGCUUGUCUCUAAGAUGUCUGUGAUAUGCUCUGUGCUCUAAGUUACCUCAAAUGUUUGAUAGUCUCUCCUUUUUGCGAAAGUAGCACCAUAGCCAAGCCAAUAUAGUAUUGUUUUACAUUAAGUCUCAGUGAAAAUUUAAUUCCAUGAUAGCUUACUUAGCUCUGAGUUACAUGUGUAGCUUGAAAAGGAAGUUUUUUAAUGAUCACACUAAAGAAAAGCUAUUCAUUACUUUGAUUUCUCCCAAAGACUGCUUAGAGGUUGACUAAGAAAGUUUUCAUAAACUUUGAAUUAGAUGGAGAAUUAUCUUUGUAGUCCAUCCAACUUUGAUAAAAUGGAACCAGAAUUUACAACCAACUACUGGAAAAAAAAAAAAAAAAGCAUUUAACCAUGCUAUCUUUGAGUGCCAGUGACUUAUUUUUCUUGUUUAUAAUGAUUCAUUCAUGACAAUUUUAGUCAUAUUUUAAGUGAGUUUUUCCUGAAGAUAGUUUGAAAGGAUUCUAUUUGGGAAAGUACUAGACACAUGACAAAACCUUUCAUUCAGUGGCUGUUUCUGAGAGUUUGAUCCAUCAUUAUAAGUUGAAGGAUAAUGUAUUGCAUGUGUAUUGUUUAAACAGGUUUUUGCGAGUCUUAUUUGUUUAAUUCUGGUUUUAAUUGAUCUGAUUCUUUUUAAGAAAAGAAUUGGGAGCAAGAUAAAUUUUUAUACUAUAAUUACUGAAAUUAAUUUAAUAAGCAAUUUAUUAUUUGAAAUUUAUUUCUGGGGACUCAGGAUUCAACUUGACAUGUCCCUCAGGAUCUAAAUAAGAAAAGUUGGGAUUAUCAUUAAAAUACAAUUAGGAAAAGAUUAAGGUUAUCAAAUAGCAGUUAUUGAUAUUUUAAGAACUUUUAAUAUAAAGUCCAUUCUUUCAGACACUUCCAAGUUGGGUCAUACUAAAAAAGUAGUGUUACAUAGAUAUUUUAGUUUGUUAACAAUGUUUCUCAAAUUUUUCCCAUCCCUGUCCUCAUCCAUGUGAAAUUAAAUGUUUAGUGAAAUAUCAUUUUCCAUCUUAAAUAGGAUAACUUAUAUCUGUGAACAUUUUAGGUAUAAGAACAAUGCAGUCUGCUUAGCUAGGCAAAAUUCUCAUGGAUCAUUUUCAAAUUUCCCUAUUGUUCCAUAGUCUUCUUUCCUGGUGCAUCUUAUUAGUUAUAAAUUUAUGCCCUCUCUUGUAUUUUCAUCACUAUAUUUCUUCUUAACCAGAGUCCAUUUAACAGGGUAUACACGUUUACCUAAUGUGAGGUCCAAACUUAAGGAAUCGUCCACUUACUAAUGAUUUACUAAUGAUAUGAACUUAGAUUUCUAGGGAGUGGUUUGAUUAAAUUAUCUACAUUUUGAUCUGCAGUUUAAUUUGAUAUAGUUAUUUGUGCUCUGCCUUUAUCUGUGUAGCACAAGGUUUAAUGCAUCUUUAAAAGUGGUUUUAUUUUGUAUCUUCCUGAAUUCUUAAAGGCCAGUAUUCAGCAGCUCCCAUGGGAUGGCUCAGUGGGGAUGAUUUAUUUUUCUCUUCUUCCCUUGGAACCUGUUAAUUUUGCAGUUUCUCUUAGAAUUGUGUGGUAUUCCAGUUCAUUCAGAUCUCUCAAUUGGAUUUUCCCAAUUUUGAGAAGAAAUAAAUCAACUCUCUGCUUCUUUCCUUACUCUCUAGUGAAUUGAGUUGAAGGAGAGAGAGCUGACAGAUAGCUUUACCCUAAAUUUAGGGUGGCACUGUGCCCUCUGUCACUCCUGGUAGCUAUCUGGUAAAAUAUUCCUCGGCUCUGAGGACCCAAGAAAAGUUAGGGACCUAAAUUCUGCUGUACACAGGAGAGAUUUGUGAAUAAGAUCCCCCAUUGAAAACAGGCCCAGGUGGUGUUGGCACUUUGCAAAGACUGGAUUCUUGCAUAUACAAGGAGUGGAUCAAAAUCUAAGUCAAAGAAGAAUGGGUGUGUCUCUGUGACUGUCUGGCAUGCAUCUGUUACCAUUGUAUUACCAUAACCACCAGAUGUCAUACAAGGGAUGAGUUGUAAUUUAGUAUGAUAGUCUGAGUUUAAGCUUAAAAUGCUAUCAUUCUCUGGAUGGAUUUUCUCCCACCAAAAAGAUACAGUAAUCUUGGAGGUUUCCAGACUGUGUUAUUGAGGGCUACCAUUUCCCUCUCCAGUUUCAUUUGGAAACACUCCGCUUUUGGUUAUUUUACAAAUUAUUCUUUAUUCAAGCUUUCUAAAGAUCUGUGAGCUAGACCCUAGGAAAUUAUCUCAUUGAUUUUCCAUCUAAUCUAUGUUUCGACCACUAAACUAUCUUGAUCUGAGGAACAAUAAAAUAGUGACUAGUUAGAUCCUAACAGGUUAUUUGGUUCCUCACUGUUUAUUUGAAAAGCACCUCUAAAUGUUUAAAAAUCAAUGUUUCAUCUUAAUAAGGUUAACAAUCCCUUCUUAACUUCCCCUUUAAUUUUUCUCCCCUCUCUUUCAUCUUAAAGUUAUGUGCAUUACUAUUUUAGGCAAAAAAUAAUGGUGAUUGCUGUACAUUUUGCCAUGAGAACAAGUGGAUUGCAAGUAACUGAGGAAUUAAUUUCUUUCAUGUUGUAACAACCUUUAAAAAAAAAAUUCCAGGCACUGACAUAAAAAUGUGCCCUUAUGAACCUCCUUAUUUGUUAUGCAAAUAGCAAUCAGAUACUAUAUUAUAAGAAACUGCAUUCUGUCCCUUACUGUGUAGCCCUUCGUUACAUAAUAUAUGCCAGAUUAAGAAAAUGGGUCAGUGACACUAAGCAGUAGAAAAGACAGUAUUUAUGUUACAAUUCUGACUGGAGGAUGAAUGGAGAAGCAAUGAAUCAAUGAACAAAAAUUGACUUGGACAUUAGGUCAUUUUCUGAAUUCUGGCUUAGCCACAAUUAGAUGUGUGUUUUGGGUCUUCAUUUAUUUAUCUCAUGAGUAAAGUAGGAUAAUAAUACCUAACUGGCAGGCUAGGAAGGUUGGAAAUUAUAUUACACACACACACACACACACACACACACACACAAACACUCAAUAACAUGGCUCAUAGUAGACAUUCAGUUAAUGACAGAUUCCUCAAGUAUCUGUCAGUUGAGUAAGUAAAUAAUCAAAUUGAGCUCCCAAGUGUCCCUUUUCUUUACACACCCAUAUCUAUAGCAAAUUGAUAUACAGCUGUGCUUUUAUGUAAGAAAUUGUUGCAAGAGAAUCUUUGUCUUCUACUAGAUGUUGAUGAUAAAAUGUAAAUUUCUUAAUUAUUUCCGAUAUUUUAAUGUGCUGUUUAUGAAAGAAAAUAAAUUAACUUCUUAGUGGCAUGUAGGUCCAACUCUGAGCUUUCUUACGUUUCAGACUUAUAUUUAUCCAGAACCCUGUGAUUAUUGUCUCCAAAAUGAAAGUGACAGUUUCAUGAAAUUACCAAAGUUUUUAUUUUUUUCAUUAUAUAUUGGGCUUUUUCAGCACCUAGAAUAAAAACAUCUCCUUUGAAGUUAUCCGUUUUUUUUAACUUGGAGGAAAAAUUGCAAAAUAUGGUGGAAAAAAAUUUUUCCGCAUGAAAAGAGGAGAAAAAAAAAAACAAAAACUCUUUACAGUCUCAGUCAGCAGAUUUAUUUGACUUGAGAAAAAAGAAACAACUUCAUUGGAAGCAGAUGUUGACACUGUGUCAGUUGUUGAAGAUGGAAAGGGUUCUCUUGAGCCAUUGUGGUUACAAGGGAGGUAUCGAUGGCCAUUAGAAUUCUUGUGAUUGAGCAUCUUCACAGCAGAUAGGACAGUGCAAAAGCCAAAACUAUGAUACCAAGACUGAAAUCAGCCUGCCAAUUUUAAUUUACCGGACCCUAAAGACUCAGUUGUUUUAUUUUUUCCUCCUCCAGAAUAAAAGUCAUAUCUUUCAAAAGAUUUAAAUGGAUUUUGAGAGAGAAAUUAAAAUAUAUUCUCUAAAAACAUGGCCCAAGAGCCUUUUAUUAUUAAAGAUUAAAACUAAUAUUCAAGUCAUUUUAGAAGAAUCAGGGUAAAAAUUUGGUUUAAUGGUAUAUGUUGAAGAAAUAGUCUCAAAGACAUAGAGAGCAGACUUCUGGUUGCCAAGGGGGAGGUGAGAUGUGGGAAGGAAGGAUUGGAGCUUGGAAUUAGCAGAUGGAAACUAGUAUAUUUAGGACUGAUAAACAACAAGGUCCUACUGUGUAGCACAGGGAACUGUAUUCAAUAUCCUGUGAUAAAUCAUAAUGGAAAAGAACAUGAAAAGGAUAUAUACAUAUAUAUGUGUGUGUGUAUAUGUGUAUAUAUAUAUAUAUAUCUAUGAACUGAGUCACUUUGCUGUACCACUGUACUGAAAAAAUUAACACAACACUGUAAAUCAACUAUACUUCAAUUAAUUAGAAAAAUAAUGUGUAUUGAAUAAGGAUAUGUAAACUGUGCACAAAUGGAAGGCUCUAGAAAGUGGGGAAAAGGUGAGGUCCACAAAAGAACCUCACAUCCUAAUAGCUCCUCAAUGUUAAUUAAUUGGUGACUUGAUCUUAGAGAUUGGGCACAGAACAGACUUUCAGAAUUUUUCAGUAGGUUUUUGUCUAUUUAGUGCUCUCUGGGAAUUUCCCUCUGUACACUUUUCCAAAGUAUAGAAAUAGUCAUAAUUAAAAUAUCUUAAUUCUGUUAUUUCUUUUAUUGCCCAUUGUGUGUGCUUGUUUGAAAAAUAUUUUUAUGGUUUCAAAUAAUUGAUCCAACUAAUGUUCUCUUGAAAUUGCAAAUUAAUUUGAUCCAAUUCAAUUAUCCAAAUCUUCUUUUAAAAUUUUAAGAAAUGAUAAGUAAAAUUUACCAAUUCUCUUGUGUAAAUAAACAGCCACGACUUCUAGAAAAUGACAGGUCAUCAUCAUUUAGCUUUCUUGUUAACAAUUUCUGGACUACUCAAUUUUGACCUAAGAAUAACUCUUUUAGAAUACAAUAUCCUUUAAUUAGUUGUUUGGUAUAUGUAUGUGAACUCGUCUGUGAUAUCUUUUUAUAUUGAUAGAGCUGUACAUUUUUUUCUUUGCUAUGACUAGGGCAAAAAUUAAUGAUUAUUUACACACUUGAUUUAAUUUUUUAGACUGUUUACAAUCUUAGAUAUGGUAUCUGAUUUAAAAAUCACUAUUCCAUACCUGUUUCUGGAUACACAAUUUAUGGAAGGGUUUUUAUGUGAAUUCUUUGUAUCAUUUUAAAGUUCAUGUAUUGAAAGGGAAAACAUAGACUCUGUUUUCAUCACAUAAAUUCAGAUCAGGUGAAAGCUUUUGUAAAAAUGCAUACAUAGUACAAUGAGAUUUAUAUUUGUCACUUGAUUAAGUGAACUGAAAACAUAAUAGAAAUGUUAUCUUAGAACCCUAAAAAAAAAAAAAAAUUCCAGAUGUAUUAGUUUGAUGAGCAAUUUUAUGCUAUCUUCCUUUUUACAUGCCCAGAAAGAGAAAUUAAUCUUAGCUCUAUUGUCAUUCUUAAUUUAGAAAGAAUAUGUAACUCAUAAAAUUUUAGCUGCACAAGCUAACUAUAAAAUCAUAUAUAUAUAUAUAUACAUAUAUGUAUAUAUAUAUAUAUAUAUUUGUUGUUUUUCAUCAGGAUGGAGGAAGAGACAUUUUUGUAUUUCUAUUCUCUCUUCAAAUAGGUCUUAUAACUAUGUGUUGAUGAUAUAAAAUAAUGGAGGACUUUGUAGUUAAAACAAAUGUCAUCUUCAGUUCAAUAAAUAAUGUGAACUCAAUGCUUAUAUUUUAAUGUAGCAGUUUGGUUUUGUCCACAUUUCUUGACAAUUACCUAAAGCCCUCUGUUUUUUUCUUAUUCAGUUAAGCAACUUACAAGUAUCUUUAGAAAUUAAAACACCUUAGGUGUUGUUUUUUUUGUAAUGGGGUUAAUUUUACAGCCAAGGGAUUUGUGUGUGGUGGUGAGAAUUGUAUGGUUAGAAAACAAGGGUUAUAACAGAACAGCAAGUGAAAUGGGCUAUAUCAAUUACAUAAUAACAGGCUUGGGAACUUUUUAAUACAAUGCUUCUGAAGUUAUCAAUUAACUCUUUAGCAGAGGUGUUCUUUGUUGUUUUGCUUUUGCAUUUGUUAAUGUGGAACUUGCUGUAAGUCCUGUGGAAAACUUUGCUGACAAUUCAUUGACAUUGAAGAAAUAUGCCUGGAUAGGAGAAGUCCAAGACCUUAUAUUUUUAAAGGAAGCUAGAGGUUCCCUUGGAGAAGGAAAUGCCAACCCACUCCAGUGUUCUUGCCUGCAGAAUCCCAGGGAUGGGGAGCCUGGUGGGCUGCCGUCUAUGCGGUCGCACAGAGUCGGACACGACUGAAGCGACUUAGCAGCAGCAGCAGCAGCAGAGAUUCCUUACAUGGGCCCUCUAUUUUCUUGUUAAAUAAAUUUCUGAUGUGUAAAUGCAAAGCUUGGAGACCAGUAUUUCAAUUAGUAGACAUUCAUCAUCACUGGUGAAAAUAACGUGACACAGCCUUCUUAACUGUUUUCCAUAUUCAGACUAGACAAGUGUAAUGAGUUAUCUGUGGUUACUAUAAAAAGUUACCACAAUCUUAAUGGCUAAAAGUGACACAAAUUUAUCUGGUGGCUCUAAGUCCAAUAUCCAGUACUGGUCUCAGUGGGCUAGAAGCAAGAUGUCAGCUGUGUUCUUCCAGGGAGAACUAUUUCUCUGAUGUUUCCAGAGUCCUUAGCUCAUGGCCUCUGUCUUCCAUCUUCAAUGCCAAGAAGUACUGGUCAAGUCCUUGUCAUAUGGUAUCACUCUGACCCUCUCUUUUGCUUCUCUUUUACAAGUUUAAGGACCUUUGUAACUGCAUUGGCUCUGCCUGGAUAAUCUAGAAUAGUCUCUCCAUCUCAAGUUCUUCAUUUUAACAAAAGUCCUUCGAUGUGAGGUAACAUAUUCACAGGUUGUAGGGGUUAGGAAGUGAACAUUUUGAGGGUGUUAUUCAACCUACCAUAGUUACUAUUGGAUUUCAGUUAAUGGUUAUCAGCGUUUUAAUCUAAGAGGGUUUAAUGUAUCACUGUAAAUAGCAAGGCGUGUUCCAUGUUUUCAGUGGUCAUUUGUGUAAGGAUUCAUCUAAAUUCAUUUAAAUAAUUGCAUAUAAAGGAAAUUCUUGUUAUUUCAAAUAUUUAUGUGCUUCUUAUAGUGCCUUGGAAUCCAAAGGGUUAUAUUGUGUUUAUGUCAGAGAGGCACUCAGGGGGGUGGAGACCAGGACAUCUGGUACAGAUUCUUCCUAGCUGAAGUGUGUUUUCUCUGGGGACAAUCAUCUACCAUUUAAUUGUUUUGCUUCCUUUUUUGGGAAUAUAUGCCCAUCCUGUGAUGUCCUAAGUCUCCAAGCAUCUUAUUUGACCUGUUUAUACUCAUUUGACUAACUAUCCAUAUAUGACUACAUUGACGUGGUAAAGCUUUUACAUUCCUGUCCAGAUUGAAUCCUUCCAUCUGUUAUCAGUUAAGCCGUGGAAAAACUGUUACGGAAAGCAAAUAUGUUUUGAUACAUUUAAUGUGUAAAGUAGGAACCUAGAUUCUGGAAUGCUGUUGAUCAAUAAAUGAACUAGAAUCUCUUCAAAACAACA